AUGGCGAAAUCCUCAGAUGACUACCUGUUGCUAGCGCGCCUGCCAUUCGUCGUGACACAACAACUUCAAGAAAACCUGGAUCCUCAACAGAAGAACAAUCAAAGUUUCGACAUGACUGGGCGUGAUAGUGCCUUUCUGGUUAGAGCAAAUUCGCGAUAUGCGGCCAAGCUCGAACUUGCUCGCCAACUGGAACAUUUUUCUAUGAGCUAG